UUCUCAUUUUGAGGUAUUCCUUCAUUUUUCAUAUCCAGGAACCGCAAUGUUCGCAAGACUCUUUCAGAAACGCAUUCUGCAACUGUCCACUCGAUUACAGAGCACCAACUCCAAACUGUUGCUGCUAACCCAGGCCCAGCAGACCUCGCCAUGCACAGCCAUUCUAACUUCACAACCUACCUGCGGAUACUACUUGUGGCAGCAAUCCCCGCACUGUCAACCACAAGCAAGUGGCUGUAACUUACCUACCUACGGCUUCCACUCGAUAGUUGGAACCAGGUACAUGCAGGAAGACCCCUUGGCUACAUCAGCUACAGAAGGCAGUUCUGGUAUCCCUGACCCUUCUCUUGGAGGACUCUCUUUGGAGGAUACCAGUACUGCAAGUGCUGAGGAAGCAGUGGAGGACAAGGAGGUCUUGUUUGAAGAUGAGAGUGAAAGUUGAUCCUUGUACGAAGCAUUGGGGAAUUACAGAAUUCAAUAGAAACAGGUAAUAUAUAUCAAUGAACGUAAUAUUGUAUUGUUUUUUGUGAAUAAUUAUUUUAUAGUAGUUUUCAAAGUAAAGCACUGCUGCCACAUUGAAUCGCGUGAUACAAGGUGAGACCGCCAGAGGCAUUCCACUUGUUUUUUGUUUACUACUAUUUCACUUUUCCUUUCAAAUAUGUCAUUCUUACAGGUAUUUCCAUUUUUUUUUUGCAAAGUCUGGGGUAAGCAAGUAAUAUCCACUCCUCUUGAAAGCUGACACCUAUCUGACAUAAGAUUCACCAGAGUUUCCCCAAGGAAUAUUACUGGAUAGUUCAGAUUCCUUUCUUGACCCACUGUCUAUUGAAACCAGUGACAUAAUUAUAGAAACUUCUGACUGGAAAUGUGAAACAUGAUAUCACAGGUAUUAAACAAGGUGGGUGGUAUUCUCAUUUAAAUUAACGAAAUAAAGGAUUUCAGUCCUCA